AUGAUUAAGAUACUUUACUUAGUAGUAGUGAUCGCGGUGGUCGUCGCACCACAUGCGGAGGCUGCAAUCUCGUGCGGCACGGUGGCAUCCACCCUGUCUCCAUGUCUCAACUAUGUCAUGUACGGCGGCCAUCAGGUGCCACCCAAAUGCUGCGCCAAUAUUAAGUCGCUUUACGGCAUGGCUAAGACCACAACUGACCGACAAUCUGUUUGCACGUGCUUGCACACUGUGGCGGCCUCUGCCUCCGCGGCCAGCAUUAAAAACGCGGCUGGCCUCCCGAGUAAAUGUGGCGUUCGCAUUCCAUACAAGAUCAGCCCAUCCAUGGAUUGCUCCAAGGUGCAGUAA